GGGGUUUAGCGGAACCGCACACCGCCAUCUUCCCAAGUUCGUGCGCGGCUGAAAUUUUCGUCUUGCACCAAGUGUCCACCAAGAUAAUAUGGAACCCAACGUCGCGCAGGACGCUGAACGUGCAUGAAAUGUGUUCGGAAAGAGUCGCGACAUCGUAACUAGUCCCCGAGAAGGUUGCCGUUCAAAACGAACUUGAAGCCAAGAAACACAAAAAAGAAAAGAAAAGAGAAAGACCGUGCAGCACAUCUUGUAUGUUAGGCUUAGAUCUUUUACACUACUGAAAAGCAGCGGCUGGUAAAAACAAACGGGACAAAACAAAUCGACUUCGGCGAGCAACAUGAUCAUUGAAAACUCGGACGCCCUCAAAAGUUGGCUGACAAGUUGCUUAGAGCACAUGUGCGAUGCCGACCCCGCUGCACUCGCCAAGUACGUCAUGGCGCUGGUCAAGAAAGACAAGACAGAGAAGGAGCUCAAGGACAUAUGCCUCGACCAACUAGACGUCUUCCUUCAGAAAGAGACGAAGCCCUUUGUGGACAUGCUGUUCGAGACGCUCUCCUCCAAGUCCUACCUGCAGGGCAAGCCGUCGCUGCCUCCCCGUCUGGGGGCCGUCGUCCCGGCGGUUGCUCCCCUGAUUCCCGCGAUUCCACAGCCGCCGGUGACGACGCCCGCCACGGUUGCGGCACCAGCCCAGCUGCUGGUGGUUCCGGCGCACAAGGAGUCGGGACUGGCGUCUAUGGCGGCCGAGGCGUCCCUGCCGGUGGUGGCGCCCGCUCAGCAGGGGAAGGCACCGGGGGUCACCGGAGUGCGCAAGGACGAGGUUGCAGAGGAGGAGAGGGAGCCAUCCCGUACCAGUCAUCGCAAGUCAAAGAGCCGGUCACGCAGUCCGGUCGGAGGCAGGAGCCGGAACCGUAGCCGAGAGGACGAGCGCCGUUCGGGGCGCCGCUUCGCGGAUGAACGCAGACGCCGAACGAGCGAACGGCGACGCCAUGAGGCUGGCGGCCGGCACCGCGGGGACGGCACCCGCAACCGCUGGGGUCCGGAGGAGCGACCGGGACGGUCGGCGGGGCCCCGCGACCGCUCCCACAGUGGGCGGCGGUCCGUCUCAAGGUCGCGGUCCAGGUCUCCACGCUCGCGAAACCGGUCCAGGGACGGGGCGCGCGCGGAGGCGCGGAACUCCGGCGGCGCCUCCGAAACGAGGGGCCCCGAGGGGUCGCACGGAGACACGGACUACCGGCCGGGGCAGCCGCCUCCACCGCCGCCCAACGCGGCACCCGCGGAGGGACAGCAGGCCCCUUCCGGUUUCCACGCCAAGGCGUCCAAGCGAUGCCGGGAUUACGACGAACGGGGCUACUGCAUGCGGGGUGACUACUGUCCUUUCGACCACGGCAACGACCCCCUGAUCGUGGAAGACGUCUCCGUGCUGCGGUUCGGACUCUCGGGACCUCCUCCCCCACCGCCGCCCCCACCGCCGGCACCGGCACUACCCCCGCAGCCGUCUUUACCGCAGGGUGUGCCGCCGUCUCUGGCUCAGCUGACCCAAGUGCUGCCUCCGAUGGCGGGUAGCCAGGAGUCCCAAGCCCUCGCUGCGGCCGAGCCCUACAACCCCGAGGCCCCCGGCAUGGAGCGCCCCCUGCGGGUGCCCCAGGGCCCGCCCCCUUUCUGGGGCCCGCCCCCGGGUGCCCCGCCCCCUCCGUUCCACCCCCAGCGGCCGUCCCACCGAGAGCUCAUUCCCGUCGGACCGCCGCCUGCCGAUCUCAGCCAACCGCCCCCACCGACGCGCACCGUCAUCGACCCCAGGGGCCCGCCCCUGGGACCCCCUCCUCCGGGAAUCAGCCCCACAGACGGGGUGGCGGAGGGGUCCAACGGUGCGGGAGUGCUUGGCGGUGCCCCCGGUGCGCCCCCAACUGCCCCGGUGCUGCCCGGAGUGCCCACGCAGGGCAUGGUCGGCAUUGGGGCCCCGCCCCCGCCGCUCCACCACCAGGGGCCCCCUCCGCCGAUGAGGCAAGGCAGGGGAUGCCCCGGUCCGUGGGAGAGGGGUCCCAGACCUCCCAUGCCCAACUGGGGUCCGCACGGCAUGGGCCGCGGGCGGCCAGACUACGGCCGCAACCGCGCGGCCAGCCACUACGACCGGUGCGAGCUGGAAGUGCGCAAGGUUCCUCGUAACCUCAACACCAUCACGGAGCUCAACAACUACUUCUCGCGGUUCGGCAACAUCGUCAACCUCCAGGUGUGCUACGAAGGUGAUCCGGAGGCAGCGCUCAUCCGCUUUGCGACUCACGGGGAAGCCAACGCGGCCUACCGUUGCACAGAAGCGGUGCUCAACAACCGCUUCAUCAAGCUCUUUUGGCACAACAAGGACCGGGCAAACAGCAACAACAGCGCUGGCGGCAGCAACGCGCCAGCCAUCAACGGCAGCGCGGUGACGCACGACGGCGCCGCGGCAGGAAGCAACGGCGGGGCGGCCGCGGCUACCCUGCCCCCCAACGGUUCUUCCGCGGUGGCGGAGACCUUGCCUUCCAAGAACGUGAAAGAACGGCUGGGCACACCCCUCGUCGAGAAGUCUGCAGUGUUUGGGGCGGCAGCUGGGAACCUUUCGCGGACGGUGUUCAACCCGGCUGCACUGAAGAAGAACAAUGUGAUAAACACUGGUCUGCCCAAACGUACCAAAGAGGAGCAGAAGAAGGAGGUGAUAAAGAAGAAGGUUGAAGUCCAGGGUCAGAGGCAACGGCUGCUUGAGAAGCACCUCCAGCAAAACAAGGUGCUGGUGGAAAAACUGCAGAAGUGCAAGACGGACAAGGAAAGGGAGGAGAUAAAACAGACGCUGGCGAAUCUGGACGCGGUGAUUCAGAAGCUGCGGACGGACUUCAAGAUGGCGACAAACGAGCUCAUCUCCAGCCGCGGCGGAAGGGGCGCCGUGGCCGCCGCUGCAGCGUUCAAGGCGGAUGUGCCGCAGGGAGCCGCCGGUCGCACGCAAGCGGAGAAAGAGCUGCUGGACGCGGAAAUGGACCUGUAUAAUAAAGUGCACCGAGGUGACGACACCACCGACCUCCGCAAGCGGGUGCAGGAGCUAAGACACCAGGCUCGCGCCAUGGGGCUGGUGAGCCAGUGGAAAGGCGGCAGGGGUGGCUUUGCCAGCAGGAGGGGCGCGUCGAGGGGCGGCGGGCGGGGCGGCGCCGGUGUGGUGCGUCGCGGCCUCAACACAGUCGACCACCGGCCCCGCAAGGUGUUUGUCCAGGGCAUGGACGAAGGGGACAAGGAAAACCUCCAGGCGCACUUUGCGCAAUACGGAGAGGUGGAAGGGGUGGAACGCCUGAACACCGGUCUGGUGAUCACGUUCAAGACACGCAAGGAUGCCGAACUGGGGGUGUCUCGGGGGUCGGAGUUCAAGAACAGGCCCCUCCAGUGGGCGUGGUUCAAGGAGCAGUCUCGGACGCCUUCCGCCGGGGACUCGGCCUCCGCUCCGAGCUUGGCGCACGACGACCUCGUGGCCGACGACGAGUCCACCCUUGCGCUGGAAGAGGACCUCCUUCUCGUGGACGACGAAGAGGAAGAAGACAGCGAAGCACGCUCCUGGAGACGAUGAUGAUGACGGCCUUUUUCCUUCGUUGUUUCGCUCUCUUUUUUUCUUUGUACAUACGCGUGUUGACUGCAUCACGUCAAAGAAUUUUUUUUUAUUUCGUUUAAUUAUACAGUCACACACAUAUUGCUACAUGGAUAAGCGAAGAAGUCAUCCCCUGGAAGCCCAGUGUUUCUUUCUGCAUUGUUUCUGUGCCCCUGGUUCCUCCAGAAUUCUCCUUUGUCGUCUUUUCUUUUUUAACUGUUUCGCAUAAAACGAUUAGCGACGUUUUCGGUCAGCCUUUGCGGUGGAACAGUUUCUCUUCCGAUUUCGGGGGGUGGGACUCAGUUUUACGACUCGACGUAUCUUUGUUUCACUCUUUUUCCUCUGUUCCUUCAUUGUGCAGCAUUUUAUUUGCUCGAAAGGAUGUGGGUUUGGUUUCCUUAUUUCCCCAGCCCUGGGUUGUAAAGUUGAGUUGCUUCUAGUGUCAUUUGCUAACCUGUCACGAGUGCACCAGUAUCGCUCCACUUGCCGAAUUAAGUGGUUCUGGCGACCGUUUUCUUUUUCCCGCGUGCUUGUCCGUUGCGUCCUUGGCACGUUUUGGAUGUCCCAGAUUUUUUUCUUUUGCGAUGUGUUGUUGGUUGAUUGUACUCUUCAUUUCUUUUCGGAGAUUUGAACGCCGAAAAAAAAAAAAAAAAAAAAGAGAAGAGAUGCUUGGUAUGUUUUGUAAAUAGUAGUAUGUGAAAUAAAAGCUUUGCACACGAUAUGCAAUGCAUAUCUGCAGACAGACAGACGAAAACAUGGGAUGGAUCUUUGAUAGGGAAAAAAAAAAAAAGAA